AUGGAGAUGAUUGAAGAUGAUGAAGAAGAAUAUGUUGAUUUGGAUGAGGAAGAAAAUGAAAAGAAUGAAGAUGAAUUUUCAGAUUCAGAUGACAAUGAAGAUAUUGCUGCAGAUAUUAUUCACAACUUAACAUAUAUUAACAGGGAAAUCAUAUUCAGAACAAGAAAUGGGGAUGCAGUAGAAAGAAUUUUCUUUGAAACAUUAGUCCCAGAAAAAACAGUAUCCGAAGAAGAAAAAGAGAAGAAAACCCUGGAGAAACAACAACUAGAAGCACAAAAAGUUUCAAGUAUCAAAUCGAAGAUUUCGACAACAAACUCACAACAAAGUGCUUCCGAAAGCAUUUCUUCAAAAGCAAAACCUACAAGGAGAGAAAAAAUCUUGUGGACGUAUAAAAACAAGCAUUACAAUGAAGAUAGCAGAUAUCUUAGUGAUGCAUUGCCACAUAGUAGAACUUCAUGGAAACCAAGAAACAAAGGCAUCUACUAUGCUGGGCCACUUCCAUUCUUGCUUCUUCUCCAUCUACAUUCAACUGAUUGUGAAAACCAAUAUGUCAACCGAAAAAUAAGACCAAUAUGCUACUGGAAUUACGAGAAAAUUAAAUCAAGGCAAAACAUUGAAAAAGCUCAAGGUCAGUUAGGAUUGGUCACAUUGGUUGAAGAUAUUGAUUUGAUACAACAAAAAGAUGAAGAAGAUGUUGACUUCUUUAAAGAAAAGGAAAAGGAAAACAAGUUGAAAAAGAUGCAGAUACAGAAGAAAAUGAUGACAUUGGUGCAGAGAACUAUUGUCUUUUGA